AUUUCGAUUCCAUUAGUCGAGUUUAACGGCCGGCUGCUCCUGGCUAGACGCGGCGCGGAGAAAGACAAGCCUCUUUCUCUCGCUCCCACUCUCUGCACCGCGCCGGAUAAAACUGCAUUCCAAUAGCAAACGUGGGCCGCGGUGGGCGCCGGAGCUCCGCGGAGCCGCGGGUGUCCUUGUAGAGUGCCAUGAACGCUGUUAUUGGAGGUAACGGGCGCCACGAACAUCAUAAUCUUCCACGAGGCGGUCUGGGGUAGGGGGGUGGGGGGCAUGACCCCUUGACCUCCCGAAAACAACAAGAACGCGCGGCGAUAGCGACGAAACGGCCAUUGUUAUAAUUAUUGCGUUUUGCAUGCGCCUUUUUCGACAGUCUCGACCAGAAAGCAAAAUAAAAAGUAGCUUUUAUGUUACUUGUCUUUGUUUUUGCGUUUUGAUGAGAGUGACUGCUGUGUUGGGUGCGCGGGGCCACCGCGCGGCCCCCCGCUGACCCUCGCCCCCCGCCUGCGCGCACGCACACACGGGGCCCCCGCAUGGCGUGCGUGACGCGCGCCGUUUUGCCCCCUUCCGCCCCUCUUCCUCCGCACUCCUCCCCCUCUUCCCCACAUAAUUAAUGUGAUGAAUUGAACGGCCGCAUGUCUGUUGCAUACGCAGUGCCGCCGCGGCGGUCGGGCGGGCGGAGGCACUUGGGGAAGGUCGCGGGGCGCGCGGGGCAUGCUGCUCCCAAACCGCGACUGCCGCCGCCGCCCCCGUAUUAUUAGCCCGGUGAUGGGCGGGGCUGUGCAUAAUCCAGCGAGCCGCGGUGCGCCCGGUGCAUGGCAGUGUAUCGACCCGCUGUAACUAUUUACAGUAGCGGCUCAUCGAUUACCUGGCGAGUGCGGGUCCCGUUGGCGCUGGCGGCCGGCCGGACCGCGCCGGACCCCCCGACCCCCGCGGGGGACCCCGGCCGGCCCCGCGGCGCCCCCAGGGCCCCCCCGGGGCGCACAGUUAUCUAGCGGGCCGUGAUUAGCGCCGAGGUGCGAGGCCGUGUCCUGAUCGGCGACGUCGCGGAGGCGGGGACGUCAGUCUCGGCCGGACCCGGCAGCGCGCGACAUGAUCCUGGGCCUCCUCCUGGCGUGUGCCGCGGCCGCAGCCCGGGCCGCCCCCGGCCCCGCCGCGCACGCGGACCCCGCCGCCGUGGCCAUCGUCUCGCCCAGCUACGCCAAGACGGCCCUCGCCAGCGAACACCCCGAAUGGCGGACGCGCGGACGUGCGCUGAGCUCGGACCCCGAUACGGACGACCUGGCGCUGCAGGUGAACAGUCUGUCGCCCAAGAAGACGCCCAGCGGCUUCAAGGCACCGCGACCAGUGCCGCUGUCCCUUGCUCAGGACCGAUUUACAGGGGCACAACCUGCGGCCAGUGCGCUCUACGGUAACAACAACAACGGCGGUGGCGGCAGCAGCAACCCAGGUGGACAUGACCAUGACCACGACGACAGCUUCCCGCCGUUCGCCCCCGACCCGCUGCCCUUGCAACCGGAUCAGACCGCGUACAACGCUCCGGGGACCGUGUUCGACGCGCCGCCCUCAGGCUUCGACGCGCCGCCCUCGGGCUACGACGCGCCUCCCAGCCAGGGGUACGGGUACGGACCGCCUCCGACGUACGGGCCUCCGCCACCACCCCCAUCGUACGGACCUCCACCGCCGCCCCCGUCGUACGGACCGCCACCUCCAAGCUACGGGCCUCCGCCUCCCCCGCCGCCGCCAAGCUACGGGCCUCCGCCUCCUCCUGGGCCGUACGGUCCGCCACCCCCGCAGUACGGGCCGCCUCCUCCCGACACGUACGGUCCGCCUCAGACCGGGUACGGUCCGUACCCGCCACCUCCGCCGCCUCCGGAACCAUUGCCCGACCCGGACGACGACCUGGACAAGGGCGUGUACACGCACUACAACAUCGGGCGCAAGCUCUAUUACGCGCCGCUCUGGUUCAGCAUGUACUUCGCCGGCUACGUCCUGGUGGAGCUGGUCAAGCACGUCUGGCGCCACAAGUACACGUUCCCGCUGCGCGUCGAGGACGCCAUCACCGGCAGGGCGGCCGGGGGCUCCGACGCCAAGGACGAGCUCGCCAGCACCGUCAACAGCGCCAUCGAGAAGGCCGCCGACAAGUACAAGACGUCAUGAGAGUGGGUGCGCACGGGGAUGUUUGGAAAGUUUUCGCGAGGAAAAAACUGUACAAAAACGCCUUGCUUACGUUCGGGGUUUUGAAUUGAACCAGGGACCGGUGACUGACCGGAGCGCCUGCGGCACACCCCCGCGAGUGACGCGUUUUUCUUUUCACGCGGGCCUUGUUCACCUUCCCGGGCGCGACAUGGAGCCAAUAAAGACGACAUGCUGACAGCGAC